UCUCUCUCCACGCAUUCAUGGCUCGUGUCACCUGAUCCGUGUAUCCUGAAUGUCCAUCCCACAGCACCAACGUCGCUUUCUUCCCUCGCCAAUCACAUCCACGCGCACACAGAGACAUACACGUCCUCAUUCACUCUCCCUUCCCACUGCAUGGCAUUUCUGGGGCAAGGAAGGCCCCUCACACAAGACGGCGCAAAAACGGCACGAGGCAUAAAGCGCUGUGCUGCACAUAACUAUCGAUCAUGAAUAACAUUUGCUGACACUCCACGCGCAAAGACAAAACACCCACGGGCGACAGACAAACAAUACCGACACACAGCACACGCCAUCAAUACUGAGCCAACACUCACAAGUCUCUCAAACAAGCAGGAGACAUGCAAUUGAGCAUGCACACUGACCGACACACAAAACACCACCAGACAGCAGAAAGACACCAUUAGGAUGAGAGAACAGAUUGCCCUCUCCCUUUCACAAAUAAACAGCCAUCCAUCACACACAUCUCAACAACUGCACAUGGUGGUCUCGGCAUCGUCACCACUGUUUGCCCGCCGCCGUACACGCACACAUCGGAUCGAUAAAAACCCGAUCCGCUGCCGUAUGCGUUGCCAUUGCCAUCAUCAUGCCAAUCACGCCGAUGCCGCACAGCACAAUCGGUCAAUCAGCCAGCCAGCAAGCCGUCCCACGACACACUUGAAAAACGGGACAAGCCGCGCCACGGACUCAGACAUGACGUAGAGUGAUUGUGUGUGCUCGGCUGGGUGGGUGGGCUGGCUCACGGAUGCACGUGUACUUACAUAUACAGGCAUCAUCCAACCAAUACAAAAACAUACGAAAAAGAAGCUGGCGCCUUUGUGUUCAGUUCUGCCGACCCCCCAUCCACGGAAAAAGGUUUCUGGGGUGAAAAGCAGAGAAGGACGAGGUGACUUGCGAGGAGAGAGCAGAACAGCACGAGGCAGACGAGUCCGGGCGGCAGUCGAGCCGAUUCGCCCCGUGGAAGGAGGCAGCAACACCACUGCCGGCGAUAAACAAACCCAAAACCCCCGCAACUGCCGCUGCCCCCUCGGCUGCUGCCUCGGCGGUGGAAACAAGAACCAAUGUGGGCCACAAAAGGCACAGCAAUCCGAAGAUGCAGAGGGACAGCCCAGCGCAGAGCCAUCGAAAGAGGCGCCAAUUCUUCACUUGCACCUCUGUGGCCCCCGAUCUCCUGCCAUCCUCCCCCGCCUGCACGAUGGCUUCCCGCAGCUGCCCUUCCUGACGGCGGCGAUCGUCUUGCAGCCUGAGAAAGUCUUCGAGGAUCUUGUGGGCCUUGUGUGGGUCCAGCCAGCCUGCAUGCACCUCCUCCACGUACUUUGCCUGCAAACGAAGAGGCCACACACAGACUAAGUCACACAUACGCUCUCGCCUUCCCUUUGCCUUUACGUACGAAGUGCGCCUUAUGGUGUGAAUCCAGCCUGUUCUCGCUGAGAGCCCUGAUCUGCUGGAACCGCUCCACCAUCUUCUCGUGACUCCACUUGCGGAAAUUGUUGUCCCGGGCGAUUUCUUCAACCAUAGCCAGCACAUUCUCACGCACCCCCGGCGGCUGGUCCUCCACCUGACCAGAAACACGCCACGUGCCACUACACCGAUGUUUGCGUCGCCGUCUUCGCUCAUUUGCUCAUUACCUCAUGUUCAUUGAAGUGUCGGCAAAGCGCCUCGAUGGACGCCUCGUCGUCCUUCUCUGCCGCCAGCACCCGCCCCUCCACCUUGUCAUACCAGCUCUUGUACUUCACGUUGUCCGACUGCUUGAUCUUAUCUCCGAUCUCCUUCGACGUGUUGUUCUCAGUGUGCGUCACCACGAUGCAGGCGUGCUUCUUGAGGGCAUCCUCGGUGAAGGUGUUUUUGAUGGCCAUCAGCGACAAAUGCUCCGAGCUAGUGAAUCGGCCGUGGCGCAGCACAAUGAUGAAGGCCGUGACCCCUUCCAUGGCAUGGAUCGAGGUCUGCUGCAGCUGCUCCAUGACUUGCUCGUCUGACAAGCUGGUGUCCUUGAAGCCGACAGUGUCAACGACGCGGUAGCACUUGCCGCGGUAGGUGAAGUCUGCGUGCUGGCAUCGCUGAGUGACCGAGCUGACGUCGUCCUUCGCCUCGAACUUCUCGUCACCGCAGAUGAUGUUGGCGAGGGUGGACUUGCCGUUGCCUGUCGCUCCGAGAAGGACGAUGCUAAUCGGCUGCUGAGGAUCCAUGAUGACUGCAGCAGCGAGGGAGCAGAACACACAACGAACGACGCGCCGCUCUCAGGGGAAAGGGAUGCGCGGAUGUAG